AAAGAAUGGCUCUGGUUGCAAAAACGAUAAUGAUCACAAUUGUUGACCCAUUGUUACUUCCCACAUGACGAUAUGAUAGGAGAGCGUUCCGAGGUGCUAAGCCAGUCGAUAACUAACAUUUAGUGCCUGUGGACACGCACGCACGGUGGAAGAUGGAAAGCCGAAUCAUCUCUCUCCUAAGCUCUAUUGCUUUUACGUUCAUUUCCGCGCAAAAUGAUAGCUGCCUGGCACCGAACGGGCAGAACGGUAUCUGCAUAGUGUACGCGAACUGUGAUUUCAUACUACAGCUGCUGAUACGAAAUAGCUAUCUGCACGACGCUUCGAUCGAGAAUUACGUCGUCGACUCCAUCUGUGGGUACAGCGAUACGACGCCAAUGGUCUGUUGUCCAACGCUAAGAUUCGCGCAAAGUACUUCAACCGCGGGCGUCACAAGUAGUGUCACCAGUAGUACCUCCUCAGGAUCGUUCUAUUUCACCAACAUCCCACCAAGUGGCACGACAACAACGACGACGACGACGAUAAGUCCGAUUCCUGCCACCCCGGGCAGUCCCAGCGGUUCCGCCAAACUCCCAGUGAACGAUGUCGAUCGUUGCGGCAUGUCCAAUGCCACCCAUCUGCGGGUCGUCGGUGGAGUCGAUGCGCAGCUGAACGCUUGGCCGUGGAUGGCCGCACUGGGCUACCGAAUUUCUUCGUUCGAGCUCAACUCCGGACCACGGUUCCUUUGCGGUGGUACACUGAUAACGACCACGCACGUCCUUACGGCAUCACAUUGCGUACAGACGGGGCUCUAUUUUGUUCGGCUCGGUGAGUAUGACAUAACGAGCGAUCAGGAUGGUGCCAGUCCGAUCGAUGUCUACAUCCAGCGUUCGGUCAUCCACGAGCGGUACAAUGAGAAAACGAUCCAGAACGACAUCGCGCUGCUGUUGCUGCAGCGGAGUAUCACCGUGAGCGAUGCGAUUCGGCCAAUUUGUCUGCCCUUGGAUAGUCGCCAGCGUACGAAAGAUUUGACCUAUUAUGCGCCCUUCAUCGCCGGUUGGGGUGCGAUCGCACAUAAUGGACCGACGGCCACGAAGCUGCAGGAGGCACAGGUGGUGGUGCUUCCGGUCGACCAGUGUGCCUUCAACUACAAGCUAUACUUUCCCAACCAGAUCUUCGAUGAGACUGUCGUGUGCGCCGGAUUUCCCCAAGGGGGUAAAGACUCCUGCCAAGGUGACAGCGGAGGACCGCUAAUGCUACCGGAGCUCUCAUCUAAUGGGCAGUACUACUACUACACGCAGAUCGGCAUCGUAUCCUAUGGCUACGAGUGUGCCCGGGCCGGAUUUCCGGGUGUCUACGUGAAAGUGUCCGCGUAUCUGCCCUGGAUCGAAGCUAACCUUAACUUCUCCGGAAGAUCCUGCUACACUCCCAACGGGCAGAUAGGCGUGUGUCAGGUGUUUCAGUACUGCUCCUCGCUGCUUCGCCUCUAUCAGUACAACCGAAACCAGGAAACGGUGAACUUCCUGCUGGCGGCGCAGCGUAGCUGCGGCAACCGCAACUAUCAGGGCAGCCCCGUACUCUGCUGCACCGACGGUGUGCAGUACGACGAAACUACAACCUCGUCUCCUUUUGUAGAGGUUACUACCGCUCGGACGACACCGGCCCCGCUGGCCCCACUCCGCACCGCCGACUGCAUCGGACCGGACAAUCGCGAAGGAUAUUGCAUAAGUCUCCGAAGCUGUCCCGAUGUGCUGAGCGAGUUCCUGCGUCGCCAGAGCGAUCCAGACUAUGUGCAGUACAUCCGCCGAUCGAAUGCCAUUUGUAACUACAUCCAACCGAACGUUUGCUGUCCGCUGCAGAAGGCGACAGUAGCGCCGCCUGCUCCCCCGACUGUACCACCAACUGCACCACCACCGCCACCACCAUCACCACCAGCACCACCAGCACCGGUGACUGAAGCGCCAACGGAGGCGCCUCCUUCGGGCGCCCUAGGACCUGCCCAGCUCUACACUCCGGAGACGGGCUGUGGUUUCAGUCAGGUCGAGCAUAAUCGCGUUGUCGGUGGUGUUCCGGCCGCCCUAAAUGGAUGGCCCUGGAUGGCUCUGGUCGGCUACAAGAACGCGCUCGGUGAGGUAUCGUUCAAGUGCGGCGGUUCGCUUAUCACCAAACGGCACGUUCUGACGGCCGCUCACUGCAUUCGGCGCGAUCUUUCUUCCGUGCGCCUUGGAGAACAUGAUACAUCGACCGAUGCGGAGACGAAUCACAUCGACGUACCGGUAGUGCGGUACGAAACGCAUCCAUCGUACGACAAGAAGGAUGGCCAUACCGAUGUGGCGGUGCUGUUCCUGGAUCGGGAGGUGCAGUUCAGUGAUGCCAUCAAGCCGAUUUGUUUGCCGUUGAACGAACCGAUUCGCAGCAAGGACUUUACCAACUUUAACCCGUUCGUAGCGGGAUGGGGCCGCACGCAGGAGGGUGGCAAAUCGGCCAACGUCCUUCAGGAGCUUCAGAUACCGAUCAUCACCAACGACGAGUGUCGCACGUUGUACACCAAAAUCGGCAAAGUGUUCUCGCCAAAACAGUUCGAUUCGGCCGUUUUGUGUGCCGGUAAGAUCGAAGGAGGCCAAGACUCGUGUCAGGGCGAUAGCGGUGGUCCGCUGAUGUUACCGCAGCGUUCCGGAACCGUCUUCUACUAUUACCAGGUCGGUAUCGUUUCGUACGGUAUCGGGUGUGCGCGUGCCGAGGUGCCCGGCGUGUACACGCGUGUUGCCACGUUCGUCGAUUGGAUCCAGCAGAAGGUGGCCGAACCGCUGUAGUGAAGCUACCAGCUGCCAAUUCCGCUGUCAUCUCCGGUCUGUGACUUUAAAUAAAGCGUAUUAUUAGUUGUUUUUGAGUACAAACACGG